AUGCAACGGGGUAACAAACGCGCGGUAAUCAUCGUAUGGCCAAUGAGUGAGGCCCCGUCGAUGACCGCCAAAUACCCGUCGCCGUCUGUGUACCUGUGUUUCCUUGGUGAAGUGUUCGCCGUGCGCCAGACACCCUUGGUGACCACCGACAUUCCGGACGGUAUCCAUGUAUUUGUCUCGUCGGUCCUCGGCAACAAGAUUUUAUUCGGCGAAGUCGUGAAAAUGGCGAACUUGGUUGCUGGGCAUAUGUAA